UUUCAUUGGUUUGUUGUUUGGCCGUCAGAUCUGUAGCCGUCAAAUUUUCAGUAUCCUGAUUCAAAUUAGACAUCAAACAGAUUAUUGUCGAUUGAAUUUUCUAGAACUGAAUGACGGAGCGCGACUCAAUAGAGACGGAGAUGAACCUAGACGCAGAGAUGGCAGUUAACAACCACAGCAGUGGGGGACCUCUGGUUAAAGUGUCCUCUUGUGGAACACUGGCUUCGGAGCACGGAUUUUCUGAAGUGUCAGACUACCUCUCCUCUGGCCACUUAUCAGAAAACAUACCAGCGUUCUAUAAAGACGCUUCCAUCUUCAUCACCGGUGCAACUGGGUUCCUGGGCAAGUCUAUUUUGGAAAAACUGCUGCGCAGUUGUCCCGACGUAGACCGCAUCUUCGUGCUAGUGAGAAGCAAAAAGGGCCACAAUCCGAACGAGCGAGUUGAAGCUCUUUUCAACAGCAAGCUGUUCGACCGGGCUCAGUCAGAGAGGGGAGAGGAAGAGUGUCGGCGGAAGGUGGUGGCCAUUGCGGGCGAUGUUAUGGAACCCAAUUUGGGCAUCUCUGCGGAGGACGAACAGCUGCUGGUAGAGUCGAACGUCACCACAGUCAUCCAUUCUGCAGCCACCAUCCGAUUCGAUGAACCCCUCAGGUUCGCACUCUCCCUGAACGUGGGAGGGACUCUCCGUGUUGUGCAAUUGUGCAGGAAGCUGCCGUGUUUGAAGGCUUUGGUGCAUGUGUCCACUGCCUAUGCCAACUGUGACCUGCCCUUCAUAGAGGAACAAGUUUAUCCUCCCCCAGUUGACCCACACAAGCUUCUAGACGCUCUAGACUGGAUGACAGACGAAGCCGCCUCAAAGAUCACUCCGGUGUUGAUCGGGGGCAAACCAAACACCUACACAUACACGAAACACCUGGCAGAGAACCUUCUCAUGGAGGAGGCUCAGAAGGGCGGAUUCGGAGGCAGACCCCUCCCGUACAUAAUCGUACGACCUUCGAUAGUGGGUGCCUCGUGGAGAGAACCCUUUCCAGGGUGGAUAGAUAACUUCAACGGACCCUCUGGACUGUUCAUCGCUUGUGGCAUGGGCCUGCUUCGAUCCAUGAUCGGCAAGCCAGAUGCCAUUGCAGACAUAGUGCCAGUGGAUAUUGUGUCCAAUGUGAUCCUGGCAGCGCCCUGGUACAGAGCGUGUGUCCUGAGUAGUUGCAGUAGUGGCAAUGUGAAAGCGCUAACAGUAACAUCUUCAAAUACCAACAACAGUAACAAUUCAUCCGCUUCUGUGUCUCCUCUCCUGGGAUCUCACAUCUCGGACUCUUCAAAUUCUUACUCUUCUUCUAUCCAAUCACCCGCCUCCUCCUCUCACACUAACAAGAAAUGUCCCCUCUCCCCGCCCUCAUCCCGUGCAUCGAGGUCACCUCCUUCGACAGAUCACGACCAUGAACUCACGAGCGACACAAGUGAAGUCGAGAUCUCGACAGGUGGUUCGUCUCGCGUAGUCACCCGACAGCACUCCUCGGAGUCGUCGGACGAAGUGAGCAACUCCUCGGACGACUGCGGAAUCGUCACUCCUGACAUCGGCAGAAAAAGCAGCGACAGUAGACAUCAGCAGCAGUUUAUUGUGAAUUGCUGUAGUGGCUACAUCGACAGGCCUGUCAAGUGGGGACCCCUGCCGACCAUGGUGGCAAACAGCUACUUGAAGAAUCCUAUUCAAACUGCAGUCAGAUACCCUAACUGCAACAUGACAAAUAACAAGAUGAUGUACUUUCUGUGGGUGUUCACAUGUCACCGAGUGCCCGCAUUCCUCAUGGACACAUACAUGCGUCUCAUCGGAAAGAAACCAAGGAUGAUGUCGAUGUACAGGAAGUUGCACAGGAGUAUGGACACUCUCUCUUUCUUCACGCAGAGACACUGGGAGUGGGAGGUGAACAGUCUGAGACACAUGCAACACGUCAUUGAGACCCUCUCCACGUCUUCUAAUAAACUGGGAGAAGGGACAACUGCAAGUGAGGAGGGAGUGAAGUGGGGCAAAGAGUGGAACACAAGUGUGAAGAAUAUAGACUGGGCAGAGUACCUGGAGAACUUCUGUGUGGGCACCAAGUGCUUCGUCCUCAACGAGGAGAUGUCCGAGCUACAUCUCGCCAAGCAGAGAAUGUCACG